CACUUGAGCGGUUUAACGCAGGCAGGUGCUGUCUGGCUAUUUAACCGCGGGUUGGUGGAUUCACUCCGCUCCGAAACUGGCUACUGAACACACGAAAUCUCCAGUAAUGCGAUGCCAAAGCAACUUCUUCAAUUCGGCACCUCGUCGUCUUUACUUUUCACUUGAUGACAAUUUCUCUGGGGUUGUGCCAGGCGCGUCUUUCCCUCUCUGCCUCCCACAUCUGUCGCACUGAAAGUUUGAUUUUUUAAAAAGUGGAAAUGAACAACACCGGGUUCAACCAAACGGAGGGCGGACUGCUCAACAAGACGGAGGAGUUUUUCUGCUGCAACUUUUCAUCCGUGGUGACUGAUAACGGCUUUGUGGCCGCCGCUCCGGAUGAGAGAAGCCUCUUCAUUAUGAGGGUGGUCCAGAUUGCCGUCAUGUGCGUUUUGUCCCUCACUGUGGUGUUUGGCAUAUUUUUCUUGGGUUGCAACCUUCUCAUAAAAUCAGAGGGAAUGAUCAACUUUCUAGUAACGGACAGGAGACCGUCUAAAGAAACGGAGGCAGUUAUUGUUGGAGCCUACUGAUUGAUGAGGACCUUUAUAUUAUUAUUUGAAUCAGAUCUGAAGUCUGGCGGAGACAGAUGCGAUGAUCAACUGAACAAGCCCCUGUUUUCAUAUUGGUAUUUAGAAGAAAGCCUCAGAAAUAGUCCCCUUGCGGGAUGUAACUGGUGACUGGGGCUCACAGGUGUGACAACCUUAUUCCUUGUGGCUUUUCAAACGCCAACAAAGACUCAUUCAUCUUCAAGA